AUGGGUCCAAGCACGAUCUAUAUCGUCAUCCGCGCAACGAACCGUGAACUUCAAGCCGAAACACCUCUCCAAGAUGUACCUUUCAGCACCACGAGAGAUGAAGACGAUUUUGUGCUGGCAACACGUGAUGCGAGCCGAGGUGAUGCUUACAUAACCACAAUCACCUCAUGCCAAGUCUUUCUGGGGAACGAGGAAAAGAACCAGAUCAAGAACCUUGUUGUAAAUGACGAUGGCCCGCCGUCGAAUCAGUCGUCACCGUACGUUCAUUCUCUGAUUGAUACUCUCCAAAAAGCCGGACACACCGUCUCGGUGGUUCUGCCCCAUGUACAGAGGUCGUGGAUCGGCAAGGCCCACAUUGUCGGCCAGACUCUGACGCCCACGUAUUUCCGGCCCGGGACUCUACACAAAGACGACGGCGUCACUUCAGAUCGACCGUUCAAUGACGGCGGCGAGGAGUGGAUCCUGAUAGACGGAACCCCGGCGAGCUGUGUUCAGAUUGGUCUGCAUCAUUUCUUCAAGGACAGAGGCCCCGUCGACCUCGUGGUCAGUGGGCCAAACUAUGGGCGCAACACCACCGCCGUGUUCGCCCUGUCCAGCGGGACGAUCGGCGGCGCGUUGGAAGGCGCAAUGAGCGGGAUGAAGAGCAUCGCGCUGUCUUAUGCCUUCGACUCGAGGGAGCACGACCCCGAAGUCAUCCGCACCGCCUCGAAGCUGAGCGCGCGGCUCAUGGAGAAGUUGCUGAACGAGUGGCCCGACGACGUGCAUCUCUACAGCAUCAAUGUCCCGCUGCGCAAAGACGUCGAGCAGAAAAAGAUCGUGUACACCGAGAUGCUGCAAAACCGGUGGCACAACGGAAGCUCCUUUGAAGAAUUGCCGCCCGAGGAGGAUGACCGCGACCCGAACACCGAGGAGCAAAUCAUACGGGAGGGGGGAGAAGGCCACACGCAGGUUCCGCGAAGACUCCAUCGCAAGUUCAAAUGGGCCCCCAACUUCCAGGACGUGCGAAAGGCUGUCACAGACGCUCAGAAGGGAGACGGCUGGGAGGUGCUGCAGGGCAAUAUAACUGUCACGCCGCUGGUGGCCAACUUUUGGCACUUGCCUCACUACACUGGCGAAAUCAAGCUGGAGCAUAAUAAAUCGGAUUUGACACGCGAGUCCUCCUCCAAUACUAUUUACGCGGUGGUUGACUACCCGGAUCCGUACGUGCAGCCGUUGAUCCUGCAAGGUCUUCGCUCUUUAGAGGACUUCUCAAUACAGCAGAUUUCCGCAGUGAGCGAAUUGCAGCGUGCCACGAUACCCGUGUUACAAUUCACCGCGUACGAGUCUCUAGAUUUUGAGCAUGCGAUGCAACACUCAAAAACCUCGCAGGUUUGUGCAUAUGUUAUCAGGAAGGCCCUCAUUCGCAAGCAUUAUCUUUCGAAUACAGUAUCCACCUGGCUGGUCAAGCACCCGGACAGUGUAUUGGCCAAGCAUUUCCGCCCUUGUGUUCAUUUUGAGCUUGAUUAUGCAGAGUUCCUGGAUGAGGCCUUGGUGGACGCCUGGGACUUGAACGAAAGCAUGGCCGAGAACGAGCGUAAAGAAUCCACAGGGUCAAAGAACUGGUGGAUCUUGAAGCCUGGCAUGAGCGAUGGAGGAAAUGGCAUCAGACUAUUUUCCAGCUUCGACGAACUCCAGGCCAUUUUUGAAGACUGGGAGGGGUCGGACUCUGAGGGCGACGAGGAAGAUGAAACCGAUCACAGGAAGGACGAAGAUACCACGGAAAACCCAGAAGACGCCUCGAACCAGGAUCACGCCAUGACCUCCCAGCUCAGGCACUUUAUAGCUCAACCCUACAUCGACCCACCUCUUCUGCUGGAGGCGUACGGUAAUCGGAAAUUCCAUAUUCGUGCAUAUGUACUUGCUGCUGGAGCGCUCAGGGUCUUUGUUUAUCGAGAAAUGCUGGCUUUGUUCGCAGCCAAGCAAUAUCAAUCCCCGGGUCACAGCGGAGAUGAAGAGAUACUGGACCUUGCACAACACCUGACAAAUACCUGCUUCCAGGACGAAGAGACCAAGAGCUCCUCUGUCCACCAGUUCUGGCGCCUCGAAUCAACCCACUUGCGAGCUGAUUGGAAAGAAAUGGUAUUCCAGCAGAUUUGCGACGUCACGGGCGAAGUCUUUGAGGCAGCUGCCCGAGAGCAGAUGGUGCAUUUCCAAGCAUUGCCAAACGCUUUUGAAAUCUUUGGCGUUGAUUUCCUGGUCGACCAAAAUGCGAACGUUUGGCUUCUCGAAUUGAAUGCCUACCCCGACUUUAAGCAAACAGGGUCAGACCUGCAAGAUGCUGUUGUUGGUGGUCUUUUCCGCGAGGUCGCUCGUGCAGCCAUAGGACCCUUUUUUGGGGCAGCCUACCAUGGAAGCUCCCAAAUGCCUUUAGUCCGAGCUCUAAGUUUGGGGCGUGACUGA